AUGUCCGAGUUAGAUGGGAAGAGGGAUCCAUCGGCGACAGCUGAUACUAGCUCUGAGAAAACCAAUCCGUUCCAGGCUAUUUUUCUUCUGUUCGUUCCCAGGGACUCUGUCUGCAUGCGUCACAGCCGCUUCAACAUCGGGAAUUUCACCAGCAAGUUCUUCAAUGGGAAAAACAAAGAGCACACCUGCCAGUCCGCUGAUCCUGCCCUCUAUUCGGUGAUGGCCGCAGCCUGGGCCUACUUAGAAAGCAAGCAAGCAAGGUUCGACUCAAAGCUCAGCCAGCAGACUGUCUGUGAUAGCGACUCCUCAGACAUAAAUAGCGAGAACUUGGAUUCAGGGGCAUCCUCGGGGAAGGAAAGUGAAACAGAAUAUAUCCCCACCACAGCUAGCCUCAGGCACAGAAAGAUAGAACUACUGAAGCUAAGGAAUACGGGGAGCCACUGGAUCAGCGAACUACCCUGCCUUCACUGCAAAGCCAAGAGGACAAGAAAAUGGCUGUCCCAGCAUUUCUUUAAUCCCAUGCCACCUCCUCAUGGGAAGAGCAGUUCAUUAGAAGAGAAUUCCUCUGAGAUGGAGGACACCGGCAACGGAUGA